GCGUGUUCAUGUGGGUAUGUACUGUUCUUAACUCUCGUAGAAUACGUCUCAGCUGUCCUACAUAAUAUGUUAAGCAUGUGUUCAUACCACAAUCCUUGCCCUUCCCUUUUGCAAGUAAACGGCAUGACAAUUAACUGUUCAUUCUGUUGUUCUGAGGCUUAUUUUAGAAGUCAAAAAUUGCCCAAGGAGGAGUCUUGCAAUGGAAGGGUCGGUUUAAUGGUAUGGAUUGUAGAAAAUAUCAAGCAAAAUUACUUGCUGAGGAAGAAGAGAGUGCAAAAGAGGAAUAAAGAAGGGGAGCAGCAGCAGCAGCAGAAAAUGGGGAAGGAACUCACAUUAGAGGAGUGGCUUCUACAAUCACCAACUACACAAAAUUACGGUAACUGCAAUGGUGAUCUUUGUGAUUAUAAACAUCGUCCCAACAGUGAUUAUCCUUCGGUAGCCAGAGAAAGUACCUAUUUUUCUAACUGUGGGGAAUGUAGCUUGUCUUUGGAGCAACUCUUAAAUGAUGGUGAUGUAGGGAUUUUUUCUGUGGGCUACGGUAUCUCUUUGGAGAAUCUUUUGAAAGAUGAAAAGGAAGAUGAAAAAGAAAUUGGGUUUAAUUCAUUGGCUAGUAGCCAAAGUAGUACGAUCAGGAAAAGGGUGAGCUUUAGACUGCCAGAAGUGUCUGAGACUAUUAUUUUGGAUCCAUUAGAGAAGGAUUUUAAUGAAUGCUAGUGUAUUAGUUUCUUUCUUCAGUCUGUUUAAUGUGAAUUGUGAAUUUACUAGAGUGGUGUGAGUACCCUAUAGUUUUGUAAAGUAUUUGGAGUGCAUGAAUAAUGGAUCAAAAUCUCAAACUUGGUCAAGAAUCCAAAUUAGUGAUCCACCUUAAAUUUGAUCAAGGUUCUAACUGGUCAAAUAAUAUGUACAUUGGUGUCUUAGUAUUUGAUUUCUAUCUGCUUCCAUUGUAUAGAAAAGAGAGGAGCACAGGGUAAUUUGAAUUUGUUCCCCUUUUUCUGGAGCGGUUGAUUCCAACAGAACUUUAGUGAUUCUCUUUAUGGGACAUUGCAGUCUUUCUUUCUUCCAUGUUGGAUUGAUUUUAGUGAGUUUCCAGUAUCAGAUGCUCAGAGAUUCUAAGAACACUUUUCAUUGAUAAUAUCCUAUUCUGUUCUUGCCUUCUGAUUUUCUGUUUGCUUUAAACAGUCGUAUUUCUGUUUGUCCUACCCUGAAUUACUCUUUUCUUGGGUUGAGAUUUUUCUUGGUUUUUUCUAACUAAACACGGAUAUGUCAGCUUUUGUUCUUCGUCAUAACAUAGCAGAAAAUUUAGCAAUACAUGGUUGAUAUGGCUCAAUAAAUGGUAACAUCUCGCUAAUAUUAAAAAUGUGCUAGGAAAGGCAAAACUGAACAAAAAAAGCCGUCU